CCGCGGCCCCGUCGCCGGCCGUGGCCGCCGCGGAGCAAGGGUUGCGCCACCUCAUCGUCGCCAGCGCCGCCAGCAGCACGGAGGCUGGCCAGCCGCGCGUUGACGAGGACGCGGCCGCGGAGGAGCUCGGCGCCCUGGCACCCCACAGCUGGGCGAGCACUCCAGCGCCUGCGGAAACGUCGGCCGAUCAGGACGCUCCAGGCGGGGACGCCUUGACCCGGGCGUUCGAGCGCGGCGUCCGCGAAUUCCACGAGCGCGCCGCGGCGGCGGAGGAGGCGGAGCGCGCGGAGCGGGUGCUGUGCUUGCACCGGGCGGAGGCGGCCGCCCAGCGCGCCGGCGCGGAGAAGAGGCGCCUGGACACGGCGCACCUGCGGAGGGAGAGGGCCAUCGUCCAGCAGUAUUCCCGCCUGAGGAGCCGCCGACAGAGUCUGCAGGGCAACGAGCAGGAGCAGGAGGAGCAGGAGGCGGCGGCGCAGAGGAGCCGCGAGUCCCGCGCGCUUGACCUCGCGGAGGCGUGCACGAGGCUGACGCAGGCCGACCAGAGGGCCGAAGCCGCCGCCGACCAGGUCCGGAUGGCCACCGCGAGGCGCAGGUCCGAGCGGGCCGCGCGCCGGAGCACGGCGGCCGCGUGCCGGUCGCUCGCGCAGACGCAGGGCAUGUUCGAGAAGGUCAGCCGGGCCACCGACCUCCGCGAGGAAAAAGACCGGGCCCUCGACGCCGCGCAGGGCGCCGUGGAGUUCGAGCGGUGCAAGCUCAGCGCGCGGUCGAUAGCGCGGGCGAUGCUCAACUCUCACGAGGAGCAGCUGCGACGGGUUAAGGCCGUGCGGGAGAGCAACAGCCACCGGGCGCAGGUCCUGCUGAGCAGGGAGCGCGAGGAGGCCGACCUCGAGCAGAGGCGUCGGCUGGUGGCCGCGGAGAGAGAGAGGCGCCUGGCGAGGGCGGCCGCGCGGCCGCAGGACGCGCUGGCCGCCUCGGGGCCGGCCUUCGGCGGCAGCUGCUGCGUCUUCUACUCCGACCUGACGAGCGGGAGCCUCCAGGUACGAGCCGCCGCCACCCCGCCCGCCUCGCAGGCGCCCUGGGCGCCCCGGAAUCGCUCCUCGUCC